ACCGUCGCUCAUCUCAGCCGCGCUUUAACAUUCACACGGAUGCUCUAAUUAAGGAUACAUUCCCCUUUAUCAUUGUUUUUAUCCUAUUCGUAUUGCACAGUGAGAAAUGUAAUGUUCCGACCAAUCCAUUUCCUGGUACGUUUCCGAUUCGCUCCACAGGAAGAAGUGAACCGUAAGUAGGCGAUGGAGGACAAGCGCAAGAAGCGGAGCCCCAAGGUGUCCCUCCCGCAGCCCCCUCCUCCACCCAUCAACCCACGCAAACUCUCUAUCCUGCCUGCCAGCAAAAGCGCCACCUUCUCGCUGGGCCUGCCGCAGCCCCCGUCCCCUAAAAACCGAGGGAAGUACAAAAGGUCCGUGGGGGCGGCGGGGCAGCCCAAAGAGGCGUUCGCUGGUGUUGUUGCGCCACCAAAGACCACCAGGACUCACAAGGAGAAGCCCCGGGCCCCCCAGCCUGCAGGGCCUAGUAAAGUCGUCCAGUCCUCCCCGCUGCAGCACUCCUUCCUUACGGAUGUGUCUGAUGUGAGAGAGAUGGAGGGAGGCCUCUUGAACCUCCUCAAUGACUUCCACUCUGGCAAACUGCAGGCUUUUGGUAAGGUGUGUUCCUUCGAGCAACUGGAGCACGUGCGCGAGAUGCAGGAGAAGCUGGCACGACUUCACUUCAGCCUCGACAGCCACGUGGAGGAACUCUCCGAAGACCAAAGGAAAUGCGCUUCCGACCACAACCUGGAACACCUGCUGUGCAAUCUGGAGGAGCUCAGCACGUCGAUGUAUCCUUUUCUUGUAUUUUUUUUUUUUUUAAACAUCCACAAAUGGGAUUUGCAUGAAUCUUUAACAUGUGUAUGUUCAGACAAAAGCUCCACUUGGCUGAGAACCAGGACCUGCCCAAGACAUCUGCUCCCUGAUGGAGAGGAUGCAAUAUCCCCGGUAGCGCAGGUUACCAUGGCGUUCCUCCCUGCAGCGCCCCGUAACACAAACGGACACAUGGAGUGGGUGGGUGGGGGCUAGCGCUCGUGUUUUGCUGUGAGGACACAGGAACAAGACAGUAAAACAGUCAUUCAGAGAAACAAUCUAUUUUGCAUCCCAAAAGAACAUUUUAAGAGGGGACAAAUGUAGAAGUUUUGUAUCUCUGCUAAAAUUUUGAUACCUGAAACCUGACUAUUUAAACGCAACUGGAAUUGUAGCUUUGAUAUAGAAACAUGCUAAAUUUUAAUAAAAUGUUUUCCCCAAGGGGUUUUCUGUAAUUAAAAAAUGGCAGCUACUUCCAAAUGUCAGUGAAUUUAGGCGGUGAGGUUGUUACAUAACAAAUGUGUGUACUUUAAAGUUAGUGCUGGCAGAGGAACCUCGUUUAAUAAACACUAUUGGGAUUUUAAACUCUCUCUGAA